AAAAGACAGAUAUCAAAAGGCUGACUGACCAAAAGAAAGGGUGUAAUUUUUACGACGAAUAUUUAGAUAAGACGAAAAUAAUGGGUACCAAUAAGCUUGCACCUAACGUGUAGAAAAUUCACACCCCGGAUAGCCGGCCGACGCUGGCAAACGUCAACUUACCCAUACCCAUCGAUCGAUUCGAUUCCUUUUUAUAUUAAUUAAUAUCUGUCGCUCCUCCUCGCAAAGCUAAUAUCUGUCGUAGCUAGCUAGCUAGUGGAGGUUUGUGUUUGGUGGAGCAAUGGCGGCUCGGGGUGGACGACGACGACGACCGUGGUGGUGGUCGUCCUCCUGCCGCUGCUCUCCGCUCCUUCAGCUGGCGCUGAUCAUCAGCAGCUGCCUGCUGCUGUGGCCGCACCAAGGGGUGGCUCUGGCUCCGUCGCGCGCCGCCGCCACCGAUACCUUGGCCGUCGGCCGGCCGCUUUCAGGCGGGCGGAGGCUGGUGUCCAAGGGUGGCAGGUUCGCGGUAGGCUUCUUCCAGCCAGAUAACGCCUUGCAGCGUUGGUACAUGGGCAUCUGGUACCACAAAACCCGAGAACACACCAAGCUGUGGGUUGCCAACAGGCAGGCCCCACUCACCGACCCGGAAUCGUCGCAGCUCUCCAUCUCGAGCGACGGCAACAUGGUCCUCCUCGACCGCGCCACCAGGUCACCGGUCUGGUCCACCAACAUCACCGGCAUCGCCGCCGCCGCCAACUCCACGGUCGGUGUCAUCCUCAACACCGGCAACCUUGUCCUUGCCGACGCGUCCAACACCUCCGCCGUGCUGUGGCAGAGCUUCGACCACCUGGACAACACGUGGCUCCCCGGCAGCAAGCUCCGCCGGAACAAGCUCACCGGCGAGGCGACACGCCUGGUCGCGUGGAAAGGUUCCAACGACCCGACCCCGGGCAUGUUCUCCCUCGAGCUCGACGCCGGCGGCGGCGGCGCGAGCCAGCACCUGCGGCUCGCCUGGAACGGCAGCCACCAGUACUGGAGAGGCGGCGGCGGCAACUGGACGACCGCGCCGGAGGAAUCGGGACCUGAAGGUCAGUCGCCGUACACCUUCCUCUACGUCGACGCCGAGAACGAGAGCUACGUCGUCUUCGAAGUCAAGGACGAGGCCCUGUUGUCGCGGAUCGUCGUGGGAGUGGCGGGGCAGAUCAUGCUGUGGGGGUGGGUGGAGUCCGCCGCCACCUGGGUGCUCUUCUGGUCAGAGCCCACGCUGUGCGACGUCUACUCGCUCUGCGGCUCCUUCAGCGUCUGCACCGACGGCUCUGUGCCGGAGUGCGGCUGCCUCCAGGGAUUCGUGGAGCGGCAGCCGCGGCAGUGGCUGUACGGCGACCAAACCGCUGGCUGCGCCCGGAUCACCGGCCUGCAGAUGCCGUGCGGCGGCGGCGGCCAGGCGUCGGGCAAGACGACGAAGCGCGACGACACGUUCUUCACGAUGCCCAAGGCGAACAGUCUGCCCACCGGCGGCGUGGCCGCGCCGUCCGCGACCGCGAGCGCUCACGACGACUGCGAGCUCGCGUGCCUCGGCAACUGCUCCUGCACCGCCUACUCCUACAACGGCAGCUGCACGCUCUGGUACGGCGACCUCAUCAACCUCCGGGGCGCGAACGGCUCCGGCACCGACGGCUACAGAAUUUCGAUCCGCCUCGGCGUGGCGUCCGACUUGUCCGGCACCGGGAACACCAAGAAAAUGACCAUCGGACUCGUCGUCGCCGGAGUUGUCGCCGCCGCAGUGACCCUCGCCGUUCUGGUCGCGGUGCUCGUCAUGAGAAGCAGAAGGGCGAAGGCGUUGCGGAGACUGGAGGACUCCUCCUCCUUCUUGACGGUGUUCACGUACCGUGACCUGCAGCUCGUGACCAACAACUUCUCCGACAAGAUCGGCGGCGGCGCCUUCGGGUCGGUGUUCAAGGGCGCGCUGCCGGGGGACGCGACGCCGGUGGCGGUGAAGAAGCUCGAGGGCGUUGGUCAGGGCGAGAAGCAGUUCCGCGCGGAGGUGAGCACCAUCGGCAUGAUCCAGCACGUCAACCUGAUCAGGCUGCUCGGCUUCUGCACCGACCGAACACGGAGGCUGCUCGUGUACGAGCACAUGCCCAACGGCUCGCUGGACAGGCACCUCUUCGGCUCCGGCUCCGGCCAUGGCGGCGGCGUCCUGAGCUGGAAGACGAGGUACCAGAUCGCCCUGGGCGUCGCGAGAGGGCUGCACUACCUGCACGACAAGUGCAGGGACCGCAUCAUCCACUGCGACGUCAAGCCGGAGAACAUCCUCCUCGACGGCGCGUUCGCCGCCAAGGUCGCCGACUUGGGGCUCGCCAAGCUCAUGGGCCGCGACGACUCCAGCCGCGUGCUGACGACGACGCGCGGGACCGUGGGGUACCUGGCGCCGGAGUGGAUCGCCGGCACGGCGGUCACGGCGAAGGCGGACGUGUACAGCUACGGGAUGAUGCUGUUCGAGAUCGUAUCCGGGAGGAGGAACGUGGAGCAGCGGCGGCGGCAGGCGGAGGCGGCCGACGACGACGAGUACGACAGCGGCGCCGGCGGCACGGUGGAGGCGGACUUCUUCCCGUUGACGGCGGUGAGGAUGCUGUUCGACGGCGACGGCGACCUCAGGGACGCGGUGGACGGCAAUCUGGGCGGGGAGGUCGACAUGGGAGAGGUGGAGAGGGCGUGCAAGGUGGCGUGCUGGUGCGUGCAGGACGCGGAGAGCGCGAGGCCGACCAUGGGGAUGGUGGUGAAGGCCCUGGAGGGGCUCGUCGACGUCAACUUUCCCCCGAUGCCGAGGUUGUUCAUGGUAGGGCUGUCAACGGGCUCUUCUCACACAUAAGCUACUUGGAGUUGGAGUAGCUUAUGACAAAUUUAAAAAUAAAAUAUAUUAAUAUACGCAAAAUCUAUUUCGAGAGGCAUCUUGAUUUAGACUUAACGAGCGACGCAGACAAUUACGUGAGAAGUACCAGUAGCGUUACAGACAUGCAUGCAAGUAGUUUUUCUAUUAGGUUGUGCAUUUUUUUCUUCUUAUGAAAUUUUCUCUUAAACUAUUCA